AUGCGCUUCUCAGGGCUAACCUACCUCUUCGCCACGGAGUUCGUGCUCAGCGGCGUAUCCGCAGUUGCUCUCAAUAACCCUUUCGAGGGUGCCGGCCACGGGAAUGAGAAAAGAGCCAAGUGCAACGCGAACAACUGUGCUCGAGCGGUGACUGGGACAGCGAACGGCUUACAAGCCACGCGCCUCGCCGACUGCUCAUCCUUCAUGCAAUGCUUCGUUACGCCGAUAGCGGUCACGGUCACUGACACCGUCACCAUAAGUGUAGAGGCAGAGACAACAAAGACGAGCUUCUUCACGCUAACUCGUGAUAAAUACCCCGAGGUAGUCAUCAGAUCCAGAGGUCCACUCUACAAGCGGACCGACGGCGUCAACGCCGUCCCCGUGACCAGCUGCCCGGCUGCUGUUCCUACCUACGCCUCGGCCUGCUCCGGAGCCGUCAGAUACUCCAGCGCAUGUUCUUGCGGAGGUGUCACCCAGUCCUACAGCACCCUGGGUGCGGCCGUGUCGACCGUCACUUCCACCGUGACCAGGACAAAACCCGACGGCUUCACCGUCACCACCGAGGUAACGAUCACCCAUCCGACUCGAACCGUCACCUUUGAACCGAGUCACCUCACUGUCGCAAAUCCCACGGGACGAUUCCGACUGAGGACAGUCGGCGACGAAUACAACGAUCUCUACGCCGUCGGCAGCACGGGGAGCAAGCUCGAGGGCUGGAUGUGGUUCGCCGUGACGGGGACCAACAGCUACUUCGAGAUCAACUCCACAACAGGUUACCUCACCGACUUUGGAUACCAGUUCGUCAAGCAGAAGAUCGGAAGGGAGGGCGGGGAAAUCGGUACUCCCUUCAACCGCGAUGACUCUACGUUUGGGCCGGUCAAGUUCAGGACGGUCUCGAACGACGGCGGUGCCACGCUGUGGAUGCCUGCCUUUGGCACGAACUUCCAGGCCAAGAUCCAGGUGUGUCCUCCGGACGAUGACCAUAGCUAUGCGCCCUGGUUCUGGCUGGGCUCUCAGGACAGAGACGGGUGUACUCAGGUGGCUCUUAAGAUUGUGCCCAUUUAG